AUGCCAUCCAGGUCCAGCUCAACAUCAACCUCAGAGGCAUCCGAACCCUCCAGGCAGAAGAUCAUUCUGGAAGCUCUUGGCCUCUCCGACUCCGAGAAUGAGCCGGCAGACACGGCGGAGCACGAGGCAGACCAUCCAGAGCCCGAUCCAGCUCCUCAGCCGGAGGUUUGUGCAGAGACCCAGAGAGAUGUCUCCAUUGCAUCCAGCGUCACCGCGGCAGAGGAGGUCACAAGCCAGAGAUCGCUGAGGCAUCUGAAUGCCAUACUGACUGAGAUGGCGGGGGACACAGAUACCAAGCAGCAUUCCGAUCUGGGAGAUGGACGAAUGCCAGACGUUCCCGGCACCUGCGACAGAGCAGAGGACGGUUUCAGCGAGGUGCGAGAUCUUGUUCGCGACUCUUCUGGAGGAGAUGUUCAAGACACACAGCAGCCGAAGCCGAACGUCGAGCAGCUGAAAGAUUCCGUCGGCAGGUUCUUCUCGGACGACAGCACGGAAGGGGGGUCCAGCUUGGUGGCCGAUGCGACCAUGGAGGAUCCUUGCCUUUGGCUCGCGGACAAGAGCCUUGACCCUUUGCUGGCAGUGCUGGCGCAGGUGAAACCCUUGGAGAUCGGAAAGCCAUACAUUCCCAGGGCCGUCCUGGACCGUGCUGUUUGGGAGCUCAGUCGGGAACAUGAAGAGCUGCUUCGAAUUGCAGAUCAGCAGGCUGGCAGCGUCAAAGAAACGUUUCACGGGUGGAUUUGUGGCAGUGGUAUCGAAGAAGGGUCUGGCGGUCGCCGCGUGGUGGCUGCGUCUGCGAGCCGUUCCCGGCCAAUGGAACGGGCAAGUCUUCGAGCAACAUUCCGGCUGCGCUGUGCGGAGCGCAUCACUCCGAGCGAGCUCAGCAAGGACUGCCCUGUAAAGUUGGUCGUUUUUGACUUCGAUGAGACCCUGACCCUGGCGACCUUCAUGACCGGCAACUGUGAGUAUGCAGAUGACGAGGAGAAGGACAUCGCCAGAGUGAUCAACUUUGAAACACCUUGGGUCGAGGGCUCCCGAAUCGUCAAGCUUCAGAAGAUGCUCCAGGCAAUCAAGGAAGGUGCCGACGGACGCCGUCGAUUCCUGACCGUCCUUACCAACAAUGGCAAGGGUGUGCAGGCAGUGAUCAACAUGCUGAAGAUUGCUGGCUUGGACUCCUACUUCAGCGCCGUGUGGACGAUGCCUUGGCGACAGUACAUGCCUAAUGGGGCCUACAAGGACCAGAAGGGUGAGUGGAAGCUUUUUGACCCUCCAUCGGACAAGGUGCGAAACCACAAGGCGGAUGUGUUGACACAUGUGACGAAGUAUCCCGAUGCUUGGUUUCCGCAGGUUGGCCAGGACAGCAGCUUCGCGGCCAUCGAAAACCUGCAGAUGGGAAACAUCGUGCUCGUUGACGACCAGCGUGCCAACUUUCAAAGUCAGUUUGGUGCCAGCAUACUGCGCUACUGCAAGGUUGCGCGGUAUGAUGCAGAUCUCUACUACGACAUGCGCAUGGUCAAGAACAUGGGGGGAAUUGGUGCCCACCAUGAUGCGGACUAUGACACGCUGAAGCGCUUUGUGGAGGACCCCUGGAUGUGCAAGGAGACCCUCCAAAUCCGCUGCCAGGAGCGAGAUUUUCGGGGUUGGGAGACCCAACCGCCAGUGAAGCUCGUCGUUUUUGACUUCGAUGAGACGCUGACGUUGGCCACCUUCAUGCCCCAGAGUAAGGCCAUUGCAACCAAGGUCGGCUGGACUCCGGCAGAGGCAGCUUUCAAAGACUGGAGCCAAGAAGAUCUUGUGAAGUAUAACUUUGAUUCCCCGUGGUGUGAAGGAAGGGUGCAGAAGCUGAAGUCGAUGUUUGAGGAUAUCGUGCAGGAGCAGCGUGUCUUGACCAUUCUCACCCAAAAUGCAAGUGGGGUUGUGGCGGUGCUGAACUUGUUGAAGCUCGCUGGUUUGGCCGAGCAUUUCAGUGCCAUCUGGUCCAUGUCGCCGGCACAGUCUGGCGAGUGUGAUGGCGCCUUCUGGGAGAGCGGGCGAUGGCACCUCUUCCAGACGCCGUGCUCAGAAUGCCACAGGCACAAGGCAGAUGUGUUGACUCACGUCGCAGAGCACCCACUGCGCUGGUUCCCACAACUAGGAGGGGCUGAGAGCGUCACCUCUCUUAUCCUCAGCAAUCUCCAUCUUGAGAACAUCGUCUUGGUGGAUGACGAGCGUGCCAACUUCCGCAGUGAGGCGAGCCUUCAGGCGGCCAUGGUACUGCGGUACUGCAAGGUGGCCCGGUACGACGAGACUUACCGCGACUGUGGUCUACUGGAUCAGAUGGGUGGCAUAGGGGCUCAUAGUGAUGGGGACUAUGAGGAGCUGCGGAGCUUUCUCCAGAAGCCUUGGGACUAUCCCUACCCGACGCGUGCGGAGAUGUCCCCGAUGAAGAAGAACGCUUCGAGCGGUAUCAGUUUCUCCUCGCAUGGGCAGGCCGAGAGCGGGAAGGCGAAGAUCGAGCUCGUGCGCUGCAACGAGGACGAGCCGGAAGCUACACAGAAGGCACCACGUCACAGGAUCGGCUUCUGA